AUGUCUUUGCCUCCCGAGCAGAUCAAUAUCAAGCGGCGCCGUGAAGAGGAACCCGUCGAGACAUUAUACAUUCAAUCUGAGCUGCAUCAGACCAAGCGUCGAUUCACAGACUUUGUUUUCCAAAGGGUCCAGAUCAGUAGCCAUGGGAGUGAAGACGGGUCACCCAGCCCAUCCUCCUUCGCCGCAGCGCAGAGAAAACUGCUUACUCCGCGGUCGGUGAGCAACACCGUCUUCCCGGCCACCAGGAGCGUGACCAACCGCGCAGCGGGUGCAGGAGCAACUGUCCCAUUGGUAAGAGCCACGUCUCCCGGGGCGGAGAUCCGCGAAGAACGCCGUUUGGCGACCGCUCGGAGGGAGAAUGAGGAAAGACUGAACAGAGCCUUGCUUUCCUCGCCUACGUCGGGUCCGGCUAGACCAUCAGCUGCUGCUACGCCCUCUAGUGGAAAUGCCACCCCCGGAAGGUUAGUAGCCUCCACCUCUAGUGGAAAAGAAAGCCCGGCUUCGUCGGCAGGACAGGCGCAGUCACUACGCCGAUUUCAGAUCUCUCGAUCGAACACGCCAAUGAGUCCCCUCCGUAGCACCGGAGGCGGUGUCCAGAAACGCAAAGGAGACGGUGCGGUCGCGGUGCUAGUAGAAAAGUUGAGGCGCACACUGCAUUCGCGACAAGCGUCGAUGGUCGCCGAUGUUGCUGCUCGGGCGGAUGACGAAGGAAACCUGAGCAUCGCGGGCGCUUUGUCCUCCGAGCAGAAGGCAGAGCGACCGCGGAAGCGGCCGGUGGUAAAUCAGGCCGAGAGGAGAUGGAGAGAGGAGCGUAAGAGCGCAAUCUCGGCUGCCAAAGAGCAUAUCUCCCAGGUGCUGGAGAGGGAAGCCCAGGCAGCCCAUCAGAGUAAUUGGGAAGAUGAGUCGGAACGAUUGGCAAAGGAACUGGAACAGGUGGCUCUGGAGCUGGAUGGGGAAAUGGAGGUGACAGCCACGGAAACGGAUUACACCCAGCCGUCGGGGUCACAGUCCUCAGGAUCGUCUCGGCCCCGUUCGGUGAUGCCCAAGCCUCCGUUGAGAUACCAACCGCGCACGCCCAAUAAGCAUCGCGCGGGAGGCUCGGGCGCAGAAGCGAUGCAAGGGUCUGUAGAGAGCCGUGAAGAGAAGACGGACACUCCGCGGGCAGGGUCUGAGGACGAGAGUGAUGGGGAAUACGUCUACGACACGUACAUACGGAAACCGCUGCCAGACACCGGUUUGCUUACAGACCCAUUAGUCGGGUUGGAAUUGGACCAGGAAGCUUGGUUCCGGCAGCAUGGAAUCGACGUGAAUCGCCAAGAUAUUGGGGUUAUCGUCAUCACGCAGGAGGAUGAGGAGUACUGGGAGAACUUUGCCGAGGAGGAGGACGAUGAGGAUCGCUGGGAUAGCGAGGAUGCAGACUCGAACGCUGAGAAUAAUCCGGCGAAUGACUAUCCGGACGAGGAAUUGUCGUGGGAUGAUGAAGAGGAUGAUCCAACGGCUAUCUACAACAAAUACCGAACGCAGGCGCGGUCUGAUGACGAGGAGUUCGACUUUGACGACUCGGCCAGUGAGGGCCGGCAGCGCGGUGGAUUUGGAUUCCGGUCGCACGUGGAGUCCGACGAGGAGAGCUGGUGA